AUGGCUCAGCCACAGGAAGCAUUCCAUCCGUCUUCACCUCCCAGCGAGGGCGGUGCUGACUCAUACAACCAUGAGGGCACACCAGACACCCGUCUGACAGCCUUCUCCCCCCUUGAGGAUUCUUCCAAGUCCUCCCGCCUCCUCAGUGCUAUCAGUCUGGGUGAUGGAGACGGCAGAGCCCAAGCCGUAAAAUUCCAGGGUCCCGCCAGUUUUCACCACGUUACCUCUCCAACCUCGUUUGUUUCUGGUGCCAGAGACAAGGACCCCUUUAUCAGCUCCCCUGCCGAGAAGCGUCAAACGAAGCUGUCAGCUACUGCCUCGACUUUCCAGCCUCUCUCCACUCCGGUCGUUUCCACACCCGUUGUUGCCUACAGCUCGUCUAGUGUCACUCCCAAGCCCUUCGGACGUGCGGCGGCCACAGUUUCGAUAUGCCCAAAGACUGGUCUGCUACUGGCGCCCGGCCUCAGCCACAAUCUCAAUUUGACCCGUUCCUUGCGUGUCUCCUCCUCGGAUGGUGUGAAUGUCGAUGCAGUCAAGCAGUACCUACAGACUCUCGAGGAACGUGGCGCUCCCUUCCAAGGAUGUCCUGAUCCCCCAUUCGCCCACGGCCUAGACGAGGUAUACAUCCGAGCCACAAACAUCAGAGAUGCUUCUAGGAUUUUGAGCGGAUCCAACAGCAAUCCCGAGAGCUGGAAGAUCGAGUUCCAGGCAUGUGGUGUCGAUGUUGCCAGCAAGCAUGAAGGCCAGCAAACCUUGACCAUUCUACUCUCUGCUGAUCUGAGCGAGUCUCAGAUCGAGGCCAACAUCCUCACGUACUUCAAUGAUCGUGGAGUAUACGCCCUUGAACAUCAACCAUCCAACAUCGCAGAUACGCUUCAUUGGGUCAUCGAGUUCGACGCUGUCGAUUCCACCUGGGCCAAUGAGACUAUGGAGAAAGGCUGGGUCUCGGUUGGAAGCGUUUUCUAUAUGAUGAUGUCGCCUUUCGGCCUGGAUGACAGAACUCCACCAGGUGUGAACUGCUUCGCCCAGUUGCAAACACCUAUAGUCACCAGCUCUGACCAUGUCGAUGUCACGAGCGGACUAGAGAACAUGUCACUGGUUAGCUCCCAGUUGGCCAUGCAGUCAAUGGCCGCAACUAUGUUUCCCUCGUCUGUCCCCUUUGGCGGUCCGAUGCACAUGACCUCGUGGCCCAUGUACCAAUGGCCCCAUGCUGUGCAGUCACCACAGACUAGCUAUCCUGGCUUCAUUUCCCCUGGGUCUAUUCCAGCUGCUUCUCCCUCGACCUUCCAGAUGCCAACAGCCUCUUCGCACCCUUCUCCAGGCCCGGGAACGCCAAGAAAAGACGUUUUGGGUCGGCCGAUCCAACCUUUUUACCGCUCAGAGGGACGUCGGACCACUGCCAUCCGCAUCAAUCGCACUCAAUUCAGCCCACCAGGCCCUCACCAUAACCAUGUCGACAUCAAUAGAAUCAAAGCAGGCACUGAUGUCCGCACCACGAUCAUGCUCCGAAAUAUUCCGAACAAAGUGGACCAAAAGAUGCUCAAACGCAUCAUUGAUGAGUCAAGUUGGGGCAAGUACGAUUUCAUGUACCUGAGAAUCGACUUCGCCAAUGACUGUAACGUGGGGUACGCGUUCAUCAAUUUUGUCGACCCUCUCGACAUCAUUGAUUUUGUCAACAGGCGGGCCAACAAGCGAUGGAAUUGCUUCAGGAGUGACAAGGUUGCCGAGAUCUCGUAUGCCACCAUUCAGGGCAAGGAUUGCCUCGUUCAGAAAUUUCGCAACAGCUCUGUGAUGUUGGAGGCACAUCACUACCGUCCCAAACUUUACUACACCACCAAUGGGCCCGUGCCAGAAUUGGCUGGUUGUGAAGAGAUAUUCCCUGUGCCGGACAAUCAGUCUAAGAUGAAGCGAAGCUGUGAGAACGCAGAGCAUGUCGGUCUCUUCACCCCUAAUGCUGGCCAACAAUUCCGUGACGAGCAGCGUCACCGCCGAUCCCAAUAUGAUCGAGGUACUCGGCUCGCGGCACUUGAAGAGUGUGAUACCUUCGACAUGUACCCUCAAGAGGCCGUCCAGUAG